AUGAAGGAGAAGAAAAUUCAACUGCAGGAAUCUGUACAGUCAUUGGAUCAGAAAAAGGCCAAGGAACUUGAAUUAUUGCUGCAAUCGACGAAAAAGACUUAUCAGAUUGAUUCGCUCAAAAAGGAAGUUAUGAAUCAAGAUAUGAUUGAGCGUGAUUAUCUGGACAACCGCGACUUGAUGAAAUUAAAAGACGAAACAACUUCGCUGAAGCAAGGUCUGGACGCAUUGAUGCAAAGCAUUGGCGACAUGGAUGCACCAAACGUGGCCCAAGAACGAAACAAACUGCUUGAACAACGAGAUGCAAUCCAAUCGACGAAAAGCCAAACAACUGGUCAAAUAGCCGAAUUGGAGAAUCAGAGCAAAGCUUUGAAAAAAGAACUGGAUCGAUCGGAAUUCAAGAACGCUGUGAAGAACUAUCUAAAAACAUACAGCGAAUCGGUGGUGUUGAAGAAAAUGAUAAGUGAUAUUCUCAAAUACCGCAAUGCCCUCGAGUGGGCGCUCAUGAAAUAUCACGCAGAAAAGAUGGAACAAAUAAACCGCUCUAUCUAUUCUCUGUGGAGGGAUAUCUAUCGUGGGAAUGACAUUGACUACAUUCGUAUCAAAACUGAGGACGAGUCAAAACCCGAUAAAGUUACAGAUAAACGCCGACAAUAUCAUUACCGAGUAGUCCAAGCCAAAAAUGACGUGGAGAUCGACAUGCGAGGACGUUGCAGUGCUGGUCAAAAAGUAUUAGCAUCGCUGAUCAUACGAAUGGCACUAGCAGAGACAUUCAGUAAUAACUGCGGAGUGAUGGCCUUAGACGAACCGACCACCAAUUUGGACAGAGAAAACAUUGCUUCACUGUGCGAAAGUUUGCGCAGAAUUGUUACGGAGAGAGAAAACGGUAACUUCCUGUUGGUCAUUAUUACCCACGAUGAGGACUUUGUUACCAAACUAGAGAAGUUUGACACAUAUUAUCGCGUCUCCCGUGACCACGAUGGAAAGUCGAUAAUCAAAGAAGAACAGCUGUAAAUUAUUCACUGUGUGAAUGUUGAACAAUUCAUAAGUUUCCCUUGUUAGUUAUUCGUUGAAAUCAUUCCAAUAAAACAUCAAACUGCUUUAAACAAAAAAA